AUGGAAGCUUUCAUGCGCCUAGUGGACUACGUUGUCGAAUACGAGUCUGAAUUCAGUGCUGCAUCAAAGGACAUCUCGAAGAACGCUCUUGUGAUGCAACAAGACGAGCUGAGAGAGAUGUGGUGCAAAGCGAAAGCUGCCCAUGACGACCUCAACAGCAAAGGGGACAUGUCUGCAAAGGACUAUGCCCUUAUUAAAAAAAAAAAAUUCAAGCUAGGUGGUCAAUGCUACAUACGUUGCAUGGGGGCAAUGAAGGAUAUGUCUGAGAUCCUCUCAACCCCCAAAGACACAGAAAAGUCUGCUGAGGUAGACAAUAACCACUCCCUUCCGCCUUGCGAUACCGAUGUUUUCAAAGGGGACUACCUUUCAUGGCCAACAUUCCGGGAUAUGUUCACGGCCGUAUACAUCAAAAGCAAGCGCCUGUCACCAGUUGAGAAAUUGUACCACCUCAACAAAAAGACACAAGGGGAGGCGAAGGUUAUUGUGUCUAAAUGCCCUCUUACCAACGAUGGUUUUGCGAUGGCAUGGAAGGGUUUGACGGACAUGUACGAGAAUGAGCGAAUUCUCGUCGAAACCCAAGUCGACAUACUGCUCGACUUACCGUCAAUCGACAAAGAGUGUUCCAGUUCGAUAAAAUGGCUACAGCGGGAGAUCAACAGCUGCAUCUCCUGCCUGACAGCCAAUAAAGUGGACAUUGGGAACUGGGACCCAAUCAUAAUCCGCAUAUGUUCCAAGAGACUGCCACAAGCAACAUUAGCCCUGUGGGAACAGUCUGUAAAGAACAAAACAAAGACAUCGAAGUGGGAGGAAUUGGACAACUUCCUCACGGAUAGAUACCGUGAUUUAGAGGCAAUAGAACGUGCCAAGAAAUCGUCCAAUUCUGUAAAGCCUGUCAGUGCACCCACACAGAAUAAAUACAACAACAAUAGCCAUCAGAACAGACUCGGCGCCUUCCAAGUAAGCGUUGAGAAAUCAACAUGUCUGAUGUGCAAAAGCGCAGAUCACAAAUUAAGAUCUUGCCCCAUGUUUCUUAACAUGGCACCAGCGGACAGGAUCAAGUUCGCUAAGCGCAACAAUCGCUGCAUCAAUUGCCUCGGCUUUGGGCAUUUAGUGUCGCAAUGCACCAGUGCAUUCAACUGCAGCACGUGCCACGCGAGGCAUCACACACUCCUACAUGUGAGGACAGUGCAGCCUAGCAGCCAAAGAGGCUCAUCUACGCCAUCGGACGAGAUUCCGUCUACGUCCAGGCAAGCGCAGCAGAAACGCAACUUCAAUAAGUCGAAAGGCAAGCCAACGACUCAAGUACAGUCGUGCUUCGCUAACAGCGACAAAGGUGUCUUGUUAGGAACGGCACAAAUAAGCAUAAAUUACAGCGGCGUUACUUAUGCCGCAAGAGCACUCAUCGACUCCGGGUCAGAGUGCUCUUUCAUCACAGAAAGGCUGAAGCGCAGAAUCAACUUGCCAGUGCGGAAGAUAAAUGCCCAGGUGUCAGGCAUCAACAACACCGUAUCUGCGCAAGUGAAGGAAUCAUGUUGUGUCGAGUUGCGGUCACCAAUAGACCCACUUAUAUCGAUCACAACGAACAUGAUGGUUCUGCCGAAAUUAACGGGAAACUUGCCGACUUGCCAUAUUAGCGCACUAACUCGGCAGGCUUUCCCAGAUCUCACGUUGGCGGAUAAGAGGUUCUUCGUCAAUGAACCCGUGGACGUCAUACUCGGUGGUGACGUCUAUCCCCAGAUUAUGCUGGAUGGCAUACGCAAGAACGUGCUGGGAUCACUUCUUGCGCAAGAGACAGUGUUCGGUUGGAUAGUCACAGGGCUUGCUAAUACAAUUAAGCCAACCAACACUUGCGUCUCUUAUUAUAACGAAAUAUCGCUGGAAAAGCAGUUAGCUUCGUUCUGGGAAUUGGAAGAGAUCUCCAAGGAAAAGAAAUUAAGCGAGGAGGACAG